AUGAUCGGUAUUGACCCUGAGAUUAUUUUUCACAGGUUACAGGUAGAUCCAAAUUACCCACCCAGGAGACAAAAGAGAAGAAAGUUUGCCCCUGAGAGAAACCAAGCAAUAAAUGAAGAAGUCCAGAAGCUCAUCGAGAACGGGUUUAUAAGAGAAGUCCGGUACCCAGACUGGCUGGAAAACGUAGUGAUUGUGAAAAAGAAAAAUGGCAAGUGGAGGGUCUGCAUCGAUUUUACAGACCUCAACAAGGCGUGCCCAGAAGACUCAUUUCCAUUACCACAUAUUGACAUGCUAGUAGACGCCACAGCAGGACACGAACUCCUUAGCUUCAUGGAUGCUUUCUCAGGAUAUAACCAGAUCCUUAUGCAUCCAGAAGACCAGGAGAAGACAGCUUUCAUGACCAACCUAGGAAUCUUUUGUUACAAGGUGAUGCCGUUCGGACUGAAGAAUGCAAGAGCAACCUACCAAUGCCUCAUGAACAAGAUGUUUGGUGACCACCUGGGAAAGACCAUGGAAGUCUACAUCGACGACAUCCUAGUGAAAUCACUAGUUGCAGAAGAGCACAUCAAUCAUUUAAAACAAUCUUUUGAAAUACUUAGAAAAUAUAACAUGAAGUUAAAUCCUACUAAGUGCUCUUUUGGUGUAACUGCAGCUGUCUCUGAGGCGGCAGUCAUCGCAGUCUUAGUAAGAGAGGAUGAAGGUAAACAGCUUCCAAUUUAUUAUGUCUCUAAAUCCUUACUUGAUGCAGAAACUAGGUACAGUCAGCUGGAGAAGUUAGCAUUGGCACUCAUUCACGCAGCCAGAAAGUUGCGUCCAUACUUCCAAUGCCACCCAUUCACAGUACUCACCACCUUUCCCCUCAAGACCAUACUACAUAAAUCAGAGUUGUCUGGCAGAUUGACCAAGUGGGCAGUGGAGCUCAGCGAAUAUGACAUCUCCUACAAGCCACGAACCGCCUUAAAAUCUCAGGUAUUAGCUGAUUUCAUUGCAGACUUUACACCUAACUCUCAAGUGCAGGCGGAAAAAGAACUUUGCCACCUUACAGAGGGACAGACAAAUGGCACAUGGGAAUUACAUGUAGACGGUUCAAGCUAUGUAAGAGGAAGCGGAUUAGGACUUGUUCUAACCUCACCCCAAGGCGAGAAGAUCGAGCAAGCAAUCAGAUGUGGGUUUAAAGCUACAAACAAUGAGGCAGAGUAUGAGGCUAUGAUUGCUGGACUCGGACUAGCCAAAGAAAUGGGAGCCAAAAGAAUCAAUGUCUUUAGCGAUUCACAACUUGUAGUCAACCAAAUGCAAGGUAGCUAUCAGGCCCGAGAUAGCAAAAUGACAGCUUAUCUUGAGAAAACAAAAGAGUUGCAAUCGACCUUCGACGAGUUCACAGUCAGUCAGGUGCCUAGGGAAAAUAAUAGUCACGCAGACGCCUUAGCCAACCUUGGGUCUUCCAUCCAGACAACCAAACCCAAAACAAUCCCAAUGGUGUACCUCCAAUGGCCUGCUGUCUGGAAGAAAGAAGAAGAAGAAGAAGUAAAUGACGUCACCAACGAAAAGACAUGGAUGACGCCCAUCAUCGAGUACUUAGAAAAAGAUGUGCUACCCGAAGAUAAGAAUGAAGCCCGAAGAGUCAAGGCUCAGGCAGCCAGAUUCUCAAUAAUACGAGGUAAGCUCUAUAAACGAUCUUAUUCUGGUCCAUAUUUGAAAUGUGUUAACCCUGCAGAAGCAAAAUAUAUACUAGCUGAGCUUCACGAGGGCGAAUGUGGCAACCAUUCGGGAGGCAGAAGCUUAGCACACCGGGCCCUCACACAAGGCUACUAUUGGCCUACUAUGAGAGCCGACUCAUCUGAAAAUACAAGACAGUGUGACAAAUGCCAACGUUUUGCACAAGUAUCCCAUCAGCCUCCAGAACGUCUCACAUCGAUCACAUCCCCAUGGCCCUUUAUGAAGUGGGGAAUGGACAUAGUUGGCAAAUUGCCAGCUGCACCUGGACAGAAGUUCAUCAGCCUCGACUUUCAAAACUUUUGCAAAUUCUGGAACAUUAAGUUAAGCUUCUCAACACCUAGAUACCCUCAAGCCAAUGGACAAGCAGAAUCGUCUAAUAAGACCAUCAUGAACACAAUCAAAAAACGACUAGAGAAUGCAAAGGGUAGAUGGGCCGAUGAAUUGCCAGGAGUACUAUGGUCCUACCGCACAACAGCCAGAACAUCCACAGGAGAAACACCUUUCUCUCUAGCCUAUGGAAUGGAAGCGGUCAUACCAACAGAAAGCGAAGUCCCAACAGCUAGACAUGAACUGACUACAGAAAUGCAAAAUUGGGAAGACAUGUGCCACGAACUAGACACAGUCGACGAGAGAAGAGAAAGGGCAUCUAUAAGAAUGGCAGCCUACCAACAGUGUCUAGCAAAGCAUUACAACAAGAAUGCCCGUACUCGGUCAUUCAAGGGGGGAGACUGGGUGCUUCGUCGAGUUUUUCAAAACACCAAGGAAGCGGAAGCAGGUAAGCUAGCCCCAACAUGGGAAGGGCCCUACAUGAUCACUAAGGUGUAG